AUGACGGCUGGACUCGCCGUCUUCGAGAUCAAUGUCGCAAAGCAAAUAGUCCUUUGCAUCCAAAAUUUCUCCUCGAAGGACCAUACAGAGCCACUACAUCGUUUUGACACCAAUUUGAUCGUUGUCGGAGGUACAGGUAUAGCAGCUGCGCUACCUUACAUAUUAGCUCAUCUGGAAGCGGACCGGAAGAGCGAACGUAAGACUCUGAAAAUCCACCUUGUUUGGUCAAUUCGUCAAAGGCAGAUGUUCUAUCGGAUUUUCACGAACGAGUUGGCAGCAAUCCUGCAGCACCAAGAUAUUACGACCUCUGUCUACUGCACCAAGCUCGAUAUAACCCCAAGGGAGUUCGACUCGGAUGAUUGUGUACUUUCCAAGAACUGUGCACCAGAAGUCAUGAGUACGAGGGUCGGCUCGCCGGCUUCAAAUGGUAGCCUGCGGUUCAUGCCUGGUCGCCCCAACAUACAUGAACUCAUCAUGAGUGAGAUGGGAGAGGCCCGGAAUAGCUCAUCGAGCAUUGGCGUCUUGACUUGUGGACCGGCACAGAUGGCUGACCAGUACCGAGAUGCAGUGUAUGAGGCGAUGAAGCAUGGCUUCCAUGAGAUAGAUUAUUAUGAGGAAGCUUUCGGAUGGUGA